CUCUCUCUCUCUCACGCACACACACUAUCACUCUUAUUCUUACUCGUUUACUCGUUCGGUCGUUUAUUCGUUUAUUCACUUGUUUGUUCGCUCGCUUAUACAUUCACGCUUCGUAUACUUCUUCUAUUACUUCUUCUACUUCUUCUUCUUCUCUAUAAAAAUCUUAUUAAUUUUAUAAGCUAAAAAAGAAAAAAAAAACAAACAGACCAAAAAAGGAUCAAGUUUUUUUUUCUGAUAUAUAUUUAUAUAUAUAUUAUUAUUAUUUGUUUUGAUUUAUAUAUACAUUUUACUUUUUUUUUGUAAUUUCCUUCAUCUAUAAUGAGUAUUGCAUUUGAGUCUCCCACUCCAAGGGCACCGGCCAAUGAAGCUUACUUUACGCCACUAAACAUGCCAACGAUCCAUUCUACCGAGGAGACUACCACAACCAACACUCCCUACUUCACAGCACCCAUCAACCCAAUGCUCCAUCAAGAAUUCCUUAAUGCCAUCCACACUCGUCAUGCAGCACAACCCACCGUACUUAGUCCCACAGAAACCCCAACACCUGGCCCUCGACUCACUCUCAAUGCAGGUGCUCUUGCCAGCCGCCGAAGAGCCACCCCUUCCAUGGCCCUGAGCAACAUGCCCACAACCCCUCCUACAACAAACUCUUCUCUUCUGGUUGCCAUCACACCAGACGAACUUCUGGGUUGGAUAACCGCUCGCCCGGACCGCAUUUUACUAAUUGAUGUCCGGUCUUUUGUUCAGUUUAGCCACGCCCAACUACGCACAGCCCUGAACAUAUCAACACCAAACACAAUUCUCAAGCGGCCAAAUUUCACUCUUGAAAAGGUUUGCGAAGUGAUUGUGCCCGGUGCAGAUCGUACUCGUCUUUCCCAGUGGAACAAGGCCGAAAAGAUCGUAUUCUAUGAUCAAUCGUCAAACGUCAUUCCUCCAGCAAGUGCUGCGAUAUUCUUAUCCGAAAAAUUCAAAAAUGCUGGUUACAAAGGAGAUCUCUGUUACCUCAAAGGUGGAUUUGAAGGUUUCUUUGCCAGAUAUCCUCAUCAGACAAACAUGACCGCCGCCCCAGGCACACCUGCGCUUCUUUCACGGCGCCGUCCAAACCUCAAUCUAAACGCACUACCUACACCAUCUCUUGGACCUUUUACUGCACCAAUGCCACAGUUUGAAAAUCAAGCUUUCAAUCCAUUCUUCUCAAACAUUCGACAGAAUAUGGAACUAUCUCAUGGACCGAUCCGCGAACGAUUUCCGGUACGUUUACCGGCCGAUCACAUGGACCAUUCAACCCACACAUUCAGUCCGCCUUCUUGGUUGAGGACCGUUGUAAUCAAGGAUUCACCCAAUCAGAAAGCAGGUGCUCAGUGUCUGGCUGAGAUGUAUGAGAGACUAGAACGAACAGAGCAAAGGCGCCUUCAAAACAUCAUGCUUUUCCACUCAAAGCACACAAACAAUCCGGCUGAAUAUCCCUUGAGUAUCGUUGCAGGCAUCGAAAUGGGAGCGUUGAACCGGUACACUAAUAUCUGGCCCUUUGAAUAUACGCGUGUCAAGGUCCAAUCAUCUGAAUCUGGAUCGACAGAUUAUAUAAAUGCCAGCACCGAUUACAGACGAUACAUUUCCACCCAAGGUCCUCUUCCUGCCACCUUUUCAGACUUUUGGCAAGUUGUCUGGGAACAGAAUUCACGCGUCCUGGUUAUGCUGACUAAAGAAGAGGAAAUGAAUAAGAUUAAAUGCCAUCGUUAUUGGCCAUCAAAUAUCAAUCAACCUGUACGAUAUGGUCCAUUAACAGUAACCAUGCUGUCAGAGACAAAAAGUCUCGUAUUUAAGGACAAAUCUUCUAACCCUGAUGAUGCUGUAAUACUUCGUCAAUUUGUACUCGGUCGACAAGGAUCGGAAAAGCGUCGGACCAUUACCCACCUUCAGUAUACAGGCUGGAUGGACUUUGGUGUUCCAGACAACCCGGUCGGUACGCUCCAGGUCAUAAAGGCGGCUGAUGAUGCGCAGGUGUUGUAUGAGCUGCAGGCAAAAGAGGAUGAGGAAGAGCAGCCUGUUGGACCCAUGGUGGUCCAUUGUUCUGCUGGGUGUGGGCGGUCCGGCGCAUUCUGUGCAAUUGACACUGUCCUUCGACGGAUAAGUCGAGCAAAUCCAGACGACUCCACUCAUGAUUUGUUGAUCGAGACCAUAUCACGUUACAGAGAGCAACGUCUAAGCAUGGUACAGACUCUACGCCAGUUCAUCUUUUGCUAUGAAGCCAUCUGGUGGUGGAUGCUUGGCCAAGGUCACACACCUACCUCGGCUCUUUCCCAAUGAUUAUCUUCUAUUUCUUCUUCUUUUUUAUAAUCAUUGAAAGAAAGACCUAUUUCUUGCUUUACGUGUGUACAUUCUGCUUCCUCUCUCUCUCUCUCUCUCUCCAUUUUUCUUU